AUGCGAACGAUAGGCGGAUUACUGCUUGUGCUUUUCACGUGCACUGCAUUCUGGAUUGCCAGUUGUACUCCAGAUUUUAUAAAGAAAUUGCCGCAGAAAGACAAGGAAGAAUAUGAAUCGCUCUUUGAAAAAUAUAAAAACAUAAGCAGGAAGGAGUUCUAUAAUUUACGCCUCAAAUGGGCACAGAGCAAAGGAUCGAAGGUUGGAGAGAUGUAUAAGCAGUAUCUCGAAGAAGAAUUCCAGUACUUAGCAACACGCUUUGCAGUCUUAAAAGGAAGGCUUGAUAAAGCAGAGGGAAGUGAAGCGGCUAAAAAUUUCCUAUAUGAGCUACUGGCCUUGCAGCACAAUUUGAAUAUCAGCCUGGGAGACUAUGAGGAACGCGAGGAAAGUAUGAGGCAUGAGAUCCCACAAUAUGUUCUUCAAGAAGCAACAACAAUUUGGAACUCGUUAAAACCAAUGUACAUUGACUGA